AUGUUUAGAAGGUCGUUUCCAAAUCUGCUACAGGAUCAUUUCACAGAAGACCAGUUUGAACCGAUUAUUCUCAAGAAUACCGGUGAAAAGAAGCUAAGGCCAUUUGCGACACCAAGCAUCUUUUUGCAUCGACCAGUUGCAAAGCCACGCAAGCCACCCCCUAAAGGAACAAGAGUGGAAAGUACUGAUGACCCCAAAGUCAAGCAAAACACACAGGUCAAUGUCGAACUCCAGCCAGUCGACACUGAGAAUGAUGUUCCUGAUAUGCAACUAGACCUACAGAUUCCUGCUCCAUUCCAGCCAGAAAGUACACAGGCUGGCCACUUGAUACAAGCAGCUCUACAGAAGAAGGUGGCCCAGCUUGAAAUUGAACUUCAGGCGACGCGACGGAAGCUUCAACUUGCUCAGAAGCAGUGUUUCCAGGCACUAACUACAAAUAAGCACCUUGUCACAGGACUAAACAAAUACUUGAAUGAAGACCAAGUUAAAUGUCUGAAGAUGGCAACAAUGCAGGGGACUCGAUGGACUAAGAAGACUGUUAUAAAGGCAUUGAAAAUGAGACUUUCCUGUGGAGCACGUGGCUAUGACUCAGUCAGGGAGCUUGGACAACCUCCGCCAACAGAACGCACCCUACAUCGUCACUUGGAAGGGUACAAGUUCACACCAGGUUUGCUGGAGGACAUCAUGGCGUCUCUCGCACUAAAGGUUAGCCUCAUGUCACCAGAGGAGCGGCACGCCACUUUAAUGCUCGAUGAGAUGCAGCUUGCACCAGGCUUAGUGUACAACCCAUGCUCGGGAAACAGUGCUUGGAGCCCCAACUAUACCUCUUGCAGACGGAACACUGCCACUCGACUGUUUGGCCACUCAUGGGCUGGUAUUUAUGCUCAGUGGGAUAACAACCCGUUGGAAGCAAACAGUUGCUUACCAUUUGACUGGAAAUUCAUUCCAUGCCAAAACAGUUAA